AUGGAUAAAAUGGAAAUGGAUAAUAUGGAUUUUUUUAUUGGUCUUCAAUUUGGUUAUUUAGAAGUCCUCAAAAGAAUGGUGAAUAUUUCUAAGGGCUUCGGAUCUCAAUAUUGCACCUUUUCUGUCUCUCAAUCAAAAGUGGAAAUAAUUGGUUUAGAUUUAAAAUCAUCCCUAUAUGUUUGCGUAUCUUGUGAAGUCUCAGACGAUGCAUAUGUCCAAGUGUUAAGAUUCAACAUUCCACCUUCAUUUCAAAAUACUGGAACCGUAUGUUUUAAAGUCAAUACUCACAACUUGGUUCACGCGAUCGAGUGUAUGUGUAAGGAAACAGAUAGACACUUGAUGUCAUAUGUAUAUAUGAAACUACGUGAGUCUGGAGAAAAAUGGAUUCUAAACCUUCAACGCGAGGACUCUAAUGAUAAAGAGGUUAAUAAGAAUGAAAAGGAAAUUUUUGUGCUGCCUGAAACUUUUUUGAAAAGCGAACCAAGAAUUGGGCCCUUUAAUGUAGAUAUGGCGAUUCCUCAUUUUUAUGAAGUCCACUGUGUUGGCGUGUCAAUAAAAAAUUUUAAUGAACGCAUAAAAAUUAGCGCAAACAACCAAGGAGAAUUAAGGCUGGAGGCAGGGCAUGCGAUGUUCAACAUAGCAACUUGUUUUAAUAAUUGCAUUAAUUAUAUGGAUUUAGUAGAAAUACUUGAUGGUGAUCAUUGCAAAUUUGUAACCAUAAAUGUAGAUUCAGCACAUUUUGUGAAAUUUUUUAAUGUUGUGACAGAAGAGUUUGAUGUCAAUUUUAAAAUUGUUGAUAAUCAUGCUUUGUUACUUGAAGGUGAAGAAAAAGAAAAGUGUUUAAAAGUAAAGCUAAUAUUACCAGCAAAGCUUUAA